CCCACCCCACCGGGCCCCCCGGCGGGGGCCCGUUUCUCCCUGGAGAGGCUCAGUAGCCUGCUGCCCCGGGACGCCCUGAGCCCCGAGGUGAUGCAACUGAGGGAGCAGAACCAGCAAGACCCUGAAGAAGCCCCAAACAUCCAGGUGUUGGGCACACAAGACGAAAGUGGACACGAAACGACUCCUAAGGAGGUUGAUUCAGAGACCCGUCGCGAGUCAGAUGCCGCUAUGGAGACAAACGCUUCAGACACCCAGCUGAACGAAGCGUUUGAUGAGGGAAAAAGUUUGACUUCGCCCGCUCUUCCUGGGGAGAGCCCGCUCGCGUUCGGGGAGUUGCUCGUCGCCGAGUAUCGUAAGAAGGGGCGAGUGGAGUUCAGGAAGAUGUUCGAGCUCCAGACAGGGACGCGUCUGCAGAGCAGCUGGGGGGUUGUCCUGCACGACGACAUAGCCGGCCAGCCUGCGGGCUGCUUCCUGAAGACAAGCAGGGGCGUUCUCCUUCUCGUCCGUCGGGCCAGUCUGGAGGAUUACGUGCUGUAUAUGAAGAGAGGGCCAGCCAUCGCCUACCCUAAGGAUGCAGGCACUAUGCUGAUGAUGAUGGAUGUCACAGAGGGAGACCGCGUGUUGGAGUCCGGCUCUGGGUCCGGGGCCAUGUCUCUGUUCCUGUCCAGAGCAGUUGGCUGUAAGGGCAGCGUGCUGAGCGUGGAGGUCAGGGAGGACCACCACCGGAGAGCUGUGCUGAACUACAAGCGCUGGAGGACAUCAUGGAGUCUGCGGCGAGGGGAGGAGUGGCCCGACAACGUCCAGUUUCACAACUCUGACCUCUGCACGGCUUCCUCGCUCCUCGCUGCUCAGGGAUUCCAUGCGGUGGCUCUUGACCUGAUCAACCCUCACCUGGUCUUACCCACUGUGAUUCCACAUCUGCACCCCGGAGCUGUAUGUGCUGUCUACCUCGCCAAUAUAACACAGGUCAUUGACCUACUUGAAGGGCUCCGAUGUUUGGCACUCCCUUUGCUGUGUGAACGCAUCAUCGAGGUUCCCAUGCGAGACUGGGUGGUGGCUCCGGCCCUCCAGAAGGACGGGAGCUACUGCGCCAGAAAAGCGCCGAUCCUGAAUGAAGACCAUUGGGAGGAUGAGACAUCGGUUGAGGCUGACACAGAAGAGAUGACCAAAGAGAAACAACCAGCCUUCGGGAGUAUUCCCUACAUUGCCAGACCUCAUCCGGAACAAAUGAGCCACACAGCAUUCCUGGUGAAACUGAGGAAGUGUGUGCGGUAGCUUUACUACCGUUUAGGAACCUUGCAAAAACAUGAUUGUUGCAUAUCCACCAAAUUACUGUAAAUAAAAAAUAAAUCAUCAGGUCACUAUUUUCA